CAUACAGCUCUGUGUUUAUAAAUCCAAUUUCUGUGACAUCAGCAGGCUGAAGGUUUGGCCAGACUCCUGCUUUCCACCUCCUCCAGGAUAAAACCAUGAGGAGCAGCCUGCGGAGCGACGAGCCUCUCAACACUCUCCUCUCCUCCUCCUGCAGGAGCUCCGAGCAGCUGAUCCACUAAAGCGCUCAUCUCCUGCCUGAGGAACAACACAGGACCCGGCUACAGGAAGGGCGAAGGGAGGAAGGAGGGAGGCAGAGCGAGAUAAAGCGCAGCUUUCUUGCGUUAUGUUGGGCAACAGGAAGAAAGCAGCCCCCGUGCUGAAGAAUGGAGCCGGGACGUCCCAGGCAAAGGCCAUCGAUCCUCUGAGGAACCUGGGAGUGCAGGAUGAUGAAGACGUGAAGCGGAUGUUGCAGGGCUCCAGUAUGGUAAAGGUCCGCUCGCCUCGCUGGCAGAAGCGACGAACUCUAAAGCUGCUGGAAGAUGGUGUCACUGUCUGGUGUCAGUCCCACAAAACCUCCAGCCGGGCCAAAGAGCAACAGUCCUUCUCUGUCAUGGAAGUGGAGUGUGUUCGCGAGGGUUGCCAGUCGGAGAUGUUACGGCAGAUGGCUGGCUCGGUACCCGAGGAGCGGUGUUUGACGGUGGUCUUCAAAGGACCCCGCAAGAGCCUGGAUCUCCUCUGCCAGAGUCAGGAGGAGGCUCAGCAUUGGGCCCGUGGAAUCCGAACCCUGCAGGGGAGGGUGGAAAACAUGACCCAGAAGGAGAAACUUGAUCACUGGAUUCAUGCUUACCUAAGUCGGGCUGACCAGAACCAUGAUGAUAAGAUGAGCUAUGACGAAGUCCAGACACUGCUGCAGAUGAUCAACAUUGACCUGAGUGACCAGUAUGCCAGGAGCCUCUUUCAGAAAUGUGACCAGUCUGCCGACGGUCGUCUGGACCACGGGGAAAUUGAAGUGUUCUGCAGGGAGUUGUUACGGAGACCAGAGCUGGAUGCUGUGUUUAUCCGCUACUCUGCAAAUGGCUGUGUACUUUCCACUGUGGACCUGAGGGAUUUCUUGAAGGACCAGGGGGAGGAUGCUUCACUCAUCCAUGCCCAAAGCCUCAUCCUCACCUAUGAACUUAAUGAGUGGGCCCAGAAGAACCAGUUCAUGACCCCCAAUGGCUUUACCAUGUACAUGCUGUCUAAGGAGAACUGUGUGUUUAACCCGGACCAUGCAAGGGUUUACCAAGACAUGAAUCACCCACUGGCCCACUACUUCAUCUCCUCGUCCCACAACACCUACCUCACUAAGGACCAGCUGACUGGGAGCAGCAGCACAGAGCCGUACAUUCGAGCCUUGAAUCAUGGCUGCCGCUGUGUGGAGCUGGACUGUUGGGAUGGAGAUAAAGGAGAGCCGGUCAUCUAUCAUGGACACACACUCACCUCCAAAGUGCCCUUUGUCGAAGUCAUUGAGACUAUCAACGACUACGCUUUCAAAGCCUCUCCUUAUCCUCUGAUCCUGUCCCUGGAGAACCACUGCUCCGUGGAGCAGCAGACAGUGAUGGCUCAAAACCUGCGAUCCAUCCUGGGAGACAAACUGCUCACCAAGCCCCUUGAUGAUUUUGAUCCUAACAAGCUGCCUUCUCCAGAGGAUCUUAAGGGUAAAAUCCUGGUGAAGGGGAAGAGGGAGCGCGUGGUGGAGUGCUCAUCCAGCUCGUCAGAUCUCAGCUCCUCAGACGAGGAGGCCAGCUGCACUGACAGCAAAUCCUGCAGAAAGAAAGAGGACAAGAAGGUGCCAGGUGUGUCUAAACUGAGUCCAGAGCUGUCCGAGCUGGUGGUGUACACCCGCAGUGUUCCCUUUAAAAGCUUUGAACAAGCAGCCAAACACCCGGCAACUGACCUGUCCUCUUUCUCUGAGAGUGAAGCACUCAGGCUCAUUAAGGACUCAGGGAUGUAUUUUGUUCGUCACAACAGCCACCAGCUCAGCAGGAUUUACCCCUCAGGCCAGCGCCUCCAGUCCUCCAACUACAACCCUCAGGAGAUGUGGAAUGGAGGCUGUCAAAUUGUUGCUUUAAAUUUUCAGACACCUGGUGAGCAGAUGGACCUAAACCAAGGCAGGUUCCUGCAGAAUAAUCAGUGUGGGUACGUGUUGAAGCCUCCCUUCAUGUGCCGCCCUGACACCACCUUCAACCCAGAGAAUGUUGGUGGAGGUACAGGCCACAGACCUGUCCUACUCACAGUGCGGGUUAUUUCAGCUCAGCAGCUGCCUAAACCAGAAUGGGACAAACCCAGCUCAAUUGUGGACCCUCAGGUGUGGGUGGAAAUACAUGGUGUUCCCAUUGACAACAAUAAGAAGAAAACUGAUCAUGUCAGCAACAAUGGCUUUAACCCACGAUGGGACUGUACCUUCAACUUUACCGUCCAUGUCCCUGACCUGGCUCUGGUUCGCUUCAUGGUGGAGGACCAUGACUAUACCUCAAGCAAUGACUUCUUAGGACAAUACACCCUGCCUUUUACGAGUCUCCGCACAGGUUAUCGUCAUGUCCGACUUCUCAAGCUGGAUGGCUCCAGCCUUUCACCCUCCUCGCUCUUUGUCCAUCUUAAGGUCACCCCAUGUCAGAGCAGUCCUUCAAAAGCAUCAGCUAAGUCAACGGCCAAGUCUUCAACCAAGAAACCCUAAUCUGAUCUUGACCCCAUAGUAACAUGAAGCACGGAGGCCACCGUGGAAAGAUCCCUGGACAUAUCUGCCCGGAUCCAGGCAAAAAAAAUAAUCUUGUCCUACAAAUGUUGCAGCUAUAUCCUUAACCUGUCUAUAUUUUAUAGAAGAAGAGGAUUGUGUUGUGCUUCUUUAAUCCCUCAUUUAAUGCAGGCUUGAUUUUUCAGAGCAGACUCAAGACUUUAAUGAAAACCCAUUAAACCAGCCUGCAGAAGUCUACAUAUAUAUUAAUCUACGAGACCAUGACCAAAGGUUGGUGCUAGAUUUUGAACAUUUAUGACUUAUAGCUAUACUCUUAAUCUUGUGAGGUCUCACGCCCUCUGAAGGGAGGACUUCUUUUUUAACCACAAGCAUCUUAUUUUUGUGUAUUUUAUCAGAACAGUCCAGAAAUACCUGCUGGUAUGUGAUUCAAACAUUAUUUAGGUAGGGUGGAAAGCCUACAUGUAAGUGGAGACUUUCUAAAUGGUAUUUGAAGGAGAGAUUGUCUAUGAAGUCAUCAUCUAUAAACCCUACUCUGAUGUAAUAUGUACAUUGACAGAGCUAUUGGUUAUAAUUCCUGCUUUCCAUACUGGAUGUGAAGUGAUCCUUUUCUUAUGUGUCUGGACAGUAAAAGAUGAGGGACAGAGUCCACAAUCAACACUAUGUACAGAAACACAUUCCAAACAAAAACAUGCCCACUUCAUGAAUUUUUUCAUUCAAACCUUAAUUUAAGACUUGGGUAAUAGAUUUAGGGAUUUUCAGUGAUGACUUUUAAACAAUAACACUCUACCGAGCUUGAUCAAAGAUAUCAAGCAAACAAUCAGAAGCAAAUCAAGAUAGCAAUACAAUUGUAAGCAGAGCUGCCAUUGGUACGGCUGCCUCAGGCCCCCCAAUGGGCAGGGGCCCUCUGUCAGCCUUCCUCUUAUACGCAAUGGUGGUCUGUUAACGACCAAGGAGGAACUGGUGGGGCUCCUGUGUGCUCUGAACUGCAUACCAUCACUGAGCAGCUGAUACCUUGUGCAUAUUGACCUACACUUACACUUACAAUUCAGCUGGUCUGAUGAUGGUGCUGAUGGCUGUUAGAUCAGCACAGCGCCGUCCUUGGUGCUGAAACAUUUUAAUUUGACUGGCAACCUGUUUUCUUUAAGCUGUGUGUUCUUCGAAACAAGCUCAUCUUAAAAUGAGUUGAUCACAAGAGCCCCCAUGAGAAAGCUCUGCCCCCCUGUGCUGAGAGUCUAGCUCCGCCCCUGAAUACAAUCAUGUAAAACAAUCAACAAUGUCAGUGCAAACUGUUACAGGCCAAUAGUGGAUGGUUAGUGAGUAAAUGCCAAAAGCGUCCAAGCAGUGUUAGAGUCUUUAGCUUUAGGUUGUUUUGCAAGAGAUCCCAUGAAUCUGCUGCGCAGGGUACAUAAAAAAAACAGCCGGUCAUUGGAGUUGAAGUUAAAAGUAAUGUUUAUCUGGACUGAUAGAUAGCACUACAGGUAAGAGGAAAAAUAUGUAUAUUUGAUAUCAGGGUGAAUUGUUCCUUUGAGCCUUCUCACAUUAGGAAGAAUCUGUUCACAGCCAGUAUAAAUAGUAGGAAUAACAACAAUCAAAACCCUAUCAGCAUUUGAACAUAUGGCAGUCUGGUAUUGUAUUAAAAUAUACUAGAUUGCAUAUUCUAAUAUUUUAAUUACAAGAGUCACUUUUAAGCUUCUUCUGCUUUCCACCGUAUCAUCCUUGGUACUUUUAAAUGCAUCUUGGUAAUCACAUUACUAAGAGAAUCCAGGUUACAUAAGAAAUCUGAGAGCAUGUUUACAGUCAGGCACUGAAGUGGCCUGCAGUGUGUCUCAAAUUGCAUACUUCUGUACUAAACACUUCAUAAUUUGAGACACUGCAUAGUACAGGAAAAUGCACUGUACUACUGGCACACUUAAAACAGUCCAAAAGCUGAGUGUGGAAUGAUGGACACUUCUGUCCCUCAACGGGCGCCAUCUUUGUGACAGCAAACUUGUCAGCUUUGUUGACUUGUCAACAACCUUGUUAGUUAUACAUGUUGUUUGCACUAAGUAUCAAUAGUGUAAUGUUUGUUGAUCUGUAAUGAUUUAGUACCACAAACAAUGAUGCAAGUGCAAAUAUGAGCUUGCUGGCUAAUGUUAGCAUUCGCUAGCUAGCUAACAUGUUCCUAGCUACAGCAGCACAUUAUAUUCAGCAUUAAAGUUGUGGUGUAAGUUUGGUUUAUGUGUGGGUUGAGUUUGCAGUCAAAUGUUGGCAAUAAUACUCCACCAUCCAUCUGCAAUUUGCAAUUUGAAAUUAGUGCACCACGCAAGAAGUCCGUACUGUGCAUAGUGUAUUACAUUGAAGUGUACUAAUGGAAGUAUGCCAUUUGAGACACGCUCCUGGUUACCUGAAAUCUGUGCAUACAUGCAGUGUGACCAUUUACUGAAAAGCUCUCAGUGUAAAUCUGAUAGUGAGUGCAUAUGUGACAGCGUCCUCAGUACUAUAAAGCAAAGCCAUAUGAACAAUGACAGCUGCUGAAAGAUGUUACAGCAGCUCUCCAUGAUGAAAAAAAGUUCUGCCUGUCUGAUACGUACUGUACAAAUGAAAUGCAGUUAAAUCCCGUCCAAGUACUUUCAUCAUGUAGCUUAGUGUGUUAUGUUAAAUGGAAAACAUACUUUGAAAAGAUUACUCUUUGUUAAAUAUUUGAUUCACAGUGACUGUAUUUUAGCUUGACACAAUCGACUUAUAUGUGUCAUCCCUUUUUACCAGUGAAUGACAAACCUGUAUUAUUAAGUAGCCAAGUAGAGUUUUUAUACUAGAGGUAGAAUUAGCUCAGUUAUGCAACAACAAAAUGAUGAUGUGCACUAGAUAAAUCUGCUGCCUUAUUGUUAGCUUGUUAGAUGAGUUAUGCACGCAUAUGCUACAUAGUUCCAAUAAGUUUUCUUCGCGUUGUUUUAUUUUGUUUACUUUGUGUUUUGAUGUGUACUGUGCUAGGAGAACACGCUUCACUGAUGAUCCUGGCCACUGUGACAAAAAGGCUUUAUUGUUGUCAGUGUCGAACGAAUUAUUUGACACAUUUCUGUGUUGGACAUCACUCUGUUAAGUUAUCUACUGUAGCGUAUGUUAAAAACAAAAAGCUUUUAUACAGUAUUGUUUUUAUUGAAGAGGGAACUUUUAUUUUGUAAGUAUUUUGUAGGAGCUGGUUUUAAAACAUUAAUAUUGUGUUGAUGUACACAUGACAAGAAGAACUAUGGAUAUUUUAUAUUAAGGUAAUCUCACAGAUAAUCUUUUACGAUGAAGGAAAUUUUUAACCAGGAUUGGAUUCUUGGAGGAUAAAGAAAGCCUAUUUGGGAUCAGUGUUAGUCUUCAAGCAUCUUAACAUGUGUGAAAUAUUCAGCUUUGAAAUAUGUUUGACAUCAUGAGAAAGCUGUUAAAGGUCCAGUGUGUAGGAUUUUGUAGCAUCUAGUGGUGAGGUUGCAGAUUGCAACCAACUGAAACUUCUCACCCACAGGGUCCAGUGAAUGGGCCCUCACUAAAUCUGCUGUAGUCAUAUCAACGCACGUGUUCACGGGUCCAUGUUUUGUUUUGUUUUUCUUUCUUUCUUUUUUUUGCAAAGGUUGCAAAAAAAUAAAAAAAUUUAAAAAACAUUCCAUUUUCAGGAGAGGGGGUUUUAAUAAGUUAUGGUGAAUAUUUUGGUUCAAAAUAAAAUUGGGUUUUCCUUGCUUAUAUUUAGGAACACAACUAUAGCUGAACUUUUUUAUUUUUUUGGUGUAUGCACCAGGCAUGAACUCCAUUGGACGGAAAAGGUGCCCCAUUGGGGUCUGCUAUCUGGUUAUUAUUAUAUAUGUAUAAUGUAGAUAUUGAGGGCUCAUGCUAAGGUAACAAAAACACAAUGAUUCAUAGUUUCAGAUAUACUAAUUAAAACAUGGUUAUGAUAGUUAUAUUCAAUUUCUGCCAAUACACCCCCUUAAGCCCUACACACUGGACCUGUAAGGGAACAUUUUUGUGGGAUGAAUAGUUAUCUGCUUUGUCAGUUUGACACAACAUAGUAUCAGAAGGAUCUUGCAGAACUGGAGUAAAAUGUGAAGUUUUGGAGUCAGUGCCAAAACUUAACAGUUUCAGACAAAUCCCAGCCUUGUGUCUAACAAUAUUGCACUUAUUUACAUGUAUCGGGAGCUGUAAGUGUAAGACCUACAUAUAUGGUUAAAGACCAAAGGUAUGUUUUUGUAACUGUAGCAAUGACAACAAAAGCUGUAACAGUACAAUUCUAAGCAUUGACAUUGUUGUUUAUUUAUUACAUUUGAAGUAUUUUACUGUUUGCUUUUGUCAUGCACCAGUUGUAUAGUGAUCAACCUGAUGUUAUUUAUUAAACAGGUAAUAUAUACAUGAUGAUAGAAAUGAAAUAUGAUAAAAGAUUUUGGAAAUAGUUAUGAAGAACCUUAUAAUGCCAGAGAGUAUUGACUCCAGCUUUUAACCAAACUUUAACUGUCACGUCCAAAUGAGAUGUUAUUGUUUUCUUUUGUUGUUGUUUUUUAAUAGUGAAAAAAUAAAUAAA